AUGGAUUCGUUCCCACCAGAAUCAGAUCACCCAAAGCUCAUCGCGUCCGAGCUUCAACAGAAACUUGAUCCAAAGACCUAUCCAGAGUCUGUCCUGCCAGAGUAUCUCCUUAGACAAAAGAACGGAAACCUUAAAAACGUGUACAAUUAUAUGCUGAAGACGGCAGAUGACAUUACGAUUAGGAAUCGACUCAACGUAUCAUAUUCGAACUUCCACACCUGGGAACAUUUACAUCAGUUCAAGACAGGUAGAGAGGCUAGCGAAGCAUUCACGCCAUCAACAGUCCAAUUGUUCCAGAACUGCUUUCAUAUGGCUAAUGAAUGCGCUCAAGCUCUUCGCACGUCUCUGAGAGCAAAAGGUCUAUCAAGUUGGGCAAGGCGAGUGAAGCUUGCAACUGACUGUUGGUUUCAGCGGCCGACCAGCGCGCGUCAGUAUCAUUGCAUAGUCAUGAUCUGCUGCCCAGAUAGAUGUGUCAUCAUCGACCCCGUAGCUUACUAUUACGCGAUCGAAGUGCCUGUCGACACAAUCUGGAAGUCAGAGGCUAGCACAUAUUCCUAUUGCUACGCCGCAGCGGGUGACUCACGGUUUCUCGUUAACGUCAAUAACACUAAUUCGUACAAUGUCAUCGAUCAUCCCAGCACUAGGGACUUCCUAUCCUACAAUGAUCCAUUCCGGGAAGUUCGUGGUGGCUUCAUGGGCGGUAUCGAGAACCUUGUCUUCCCUACAGACGGUUAUAGGGGAGGUCUACCGAGCAACCGGUCAAUCCUCGUCGACAGCGUUUGGGGUCGAGAACCCAAGACCGACAUAACGUACUUCCCCCUUCGAGACGGCAGCGGACGGUUCAUUGUCGAAACCUGUCGCAUUGACAUCGACAUCAGGGCCCAUUCGAUGUGGAUCAGCGCCAUACCUCGAGAAUGGCUAGACCGAAAGGAGAACAGCUAUUUCAAGCGUCGUCUCAAAGAUCGUAACGGUUACGGCACAUGUGAAGACAACCCAGAGGCUCACGCUGUAUGGCAACUGGAACUGGUUACUCUGACGGACAUCCAGAAUGGAUUCUCGAAGAAGACCGCGUCCUAUUUGGAGUUCAUGCAAGAACUGGCAGAGGUCCUAGGCUUGCAGAGGGGCGAGCUGCUGCGAGUCGCGAAUGUUGUGCUGGGUUAUUGGCAGGAGGAAGAGCGGAAGAAAUCCAAGAAGAAUCUAAAGCGAAAGCGGUGA